AUGGACCCCCAGCUGCACAUGCCCAUGUACUUUUUCCUCAGCCACCUCUCCUUCUGUGACCUCUGCUAUUCCACAGCAAUUGGACCCAAGAUGCUGGUGGACCUAUUGGCCAAGAACAAGGCAAUCCCCUUCUAUGGCUGUGCUCUGCAAUUCAUGGUCUUCUGCAUCUUUGCAGAUGCUGAGUGUCUUCUGCUCGUAGUGAUGGCCUAUGAUCGGUACAAGGUCAUUAGGAACCCCUUGCUCGAUACACUCUAUACAGUCAGCAUGUCUAGAAUGUCCCUGCACAAGGCUGGGGUUUACAUGGUGGCAAUGGCAGAUGUUUUGAUACACAAGACACUAACAUUCCACUUACGCUUCUAUGGCUCUCAUGAGAUUAACCAUUUCUUCUGUGACAUUCCCCCUCUCCUACUGCUAUCUUGUUCAGAUACGCAGGUCAAUGUGUUAAUGAUACGAGUCCUUGUCUCUUAUGGUUAUAUAAUUCUGUCUGUCUUGAAGAUCCACUCGGCUGAGGGGAAGUUCAAAGCUUUCUCCACCUGUAUUUCCCACCUUACUGCUGUGGCAAUUUUCCAGGGAACUAUGCUUUUUAUGCAUUUCAGGCCAAGUUCUUCAUACUCUCUAGAUCAAGACAAAAUGACCUCAUUGUUUUACACUCUUGUGAUUCCCAUGUUAAACCCUGUGAUUUACAGCUUAAGGAACAAGGAUGUGAAAGAGUCCCUGGAAAAACUGAAAUGCAAAAAUUGGUUUUAA